GACGAGUUCAGUCUUUAGCGUUGCGAUCUUUCGAAUGUCCGCCUCGUUCAUUUUCAUCACCAGAGUUCCUGCGAAUGUGCUGGAGCAACCCCUGAGAACGCCACCGAAUGGACAUCAAAAUGGCUACACCACGGACGCUCGACGCCGGCAGCGGCCCGGCGUUGGACAAAUCCAGCCUCUCCUAUUCACUCUACCUCGUCACCGCUCGCCAGCAGAUCCAUCCGGAUGCAACAGCGAAACUUGGCCUUCCCCCCAAUGCCUCGCCCUUGGAAGUGUAUCUCAAGCAUUUGGAACUGAUCCUGCAAACGGGAAAGGUCACAAUACUGCAGCUUCGCGAAAAGGACGUUGAGCCAGCCAUUGACAAUGGCGACUUUCUCGAGCUUGCGCAAAAGAGCCUCGAGAUUUGCGACCAGUACGACAUUCCCAUGCUGAUCAAUGACAAUAUCAGCGUAUGCUUGGCCCUGCCGCUGCGCGUCGGGCUGCACAUUGGGCAGUCGGACAUUCCUCUCGAGAUAGCGCGUCGCAUGCUUGGCCCGCACCGUCUGAUCGGUGUAUCUGCAAAGAAGCAGCCACAUGUACAUGCUGCUCGCAAGUUGCUCAAUGUCGCCGAUCCUAUCAGUGGCAAAGUCGUGCGAGUGCCCGCUGCAGACUAUGUUGGCGUUGGCGCCGUGUACGGCACACAGAGCAAGGUGGGCCUCAGCUCUGCAGACAUUCUCGGCCCGCGUGGCGCGGCCCAAGUCAUUCGCGCGUGCCACGAGCCGCUUAUCGACUGUGAGACCGGAGAGCGCCUGCCGCUCAUGCGCAGUGUGCUCAUCGGAGGUAUUAAUCGCCGCACCGCCAAACGCGCACUGUUUGCCACUAUUGGCCCCAGCCGCGUGAAUGCCGAUGGCGUCGCCGUCAUUUCGGACAUCUAUGCCUCACCUUCGCCGGAAAUUGCCGUCGGAGAACUCCGUUCUGUUGUCGACGACUGCCUUGUCACGCUGUCCGGCGCCGCUGAACGCUCUUUUGUCGCGAUCAAUGAGGAUCUUACACAUAACGAUCUGAUCGAACGCGUCACGCGCCUGCAAAAGGCACAUUCGGCAUCGAAUGCUACGCCUCCGCUCAUCCAGACCAUCACCUCGCACGUGUCGUCCACGCUGAGCGCCAACGUUGCGCUGGCGCUCCGUGCGUCCCCGAUCAUGUCGCACCAGGCUGAGGAAGCGGACGAUCUGAGCAAGUUCACCGGUGCGGUCGUGCUCAACAUUGGCACCAUUGGCGAGGAGAGCAGGAAAGGCAUGCGAGCUGUGGGAGCCGCUGCAAAUGCUGGCAAGCGACCCGUCGUGCUGGACCCCGUCGGCGUUGGUGCAAGCACGUUCCGGAAGCAGAUCGUGGAAGAAAUCCUCAACCACACGCAGGUCACUCUAAUCAAGGGCAACGCGGCAGAGUUGUCGAGCUUGGCAGGGCUCGGCGAGGUGCAAACCAGCGGUGUCGACUCGGGGAGCGGCUCACUGUCAGACCCGAUCAAGUUGGUCACGACGCUCGCCCAACGAGAGCGCUGCAUCGUCUUGCUGACCGGCAAGCGCGACUACCUCACCGACGGCCACACGGUUGCGAUGGUCGAUAAUGGCCAUGAACUCCUCGGGCGCAUUACGGGAAGCGGCUGCGCACUCGGCGUCGCGCUGGCCAUCGGCAUGGCGCGCGGCUGCGCUUUCAGCCAGAGUCUGCCCGGUGAUCCCGGCCUCGGAACAAAUGUGGCGCGCCUCAUGGUCGACUGCACGCCGGAACUCGUCUUUGCAGGUGCCUUGCUUGGCUUGCUGAGCGUGACGAUCGCGUCCGAGCUGGCGGCGGAAGACCGAGCGGUGCACGGUCCUGGAACGUUUAUUCCCGCCUGGCUCGACGCUCUGAGCCGCAUCGACGAGUCUAUCCUCGCGAGCCGUGCAAAACUGAGCAUUCAUAAGUACAAGCAGGAUACAUGCGGCCACGAUGAGAUCGACACGGGCAU